AUGGACCCGCUCGGCAACCUCCAGUUUACGACCUCGGGCGCCCUCAUCGAGCUCGUCGACAAGAAGGUCCUCGUGCACUUGCGAGACGACCGGAAACUGAUCGGCGUGUUGCGCUCGUACGACCAGUACGCCAACCUCGUCCUGACGCAGACGAUCGAGCGGCUAUACCACCCGGCGACCAAGGCGUACGCGCAGACGGAGCGGGGCGUGUUCCUCGUCCGAGGGGAGAACGUCGUGCUGCUCGGAGAGGUGGACCUCGACCUGGAAGACGCGCCGCUCGCGGCGCUCACGCUCGUGCCCUGGCCGCACCUCGCGGCCGUCAUCGCGUCCGAGCAGAAAGCCAAGCUCGCGGCCAAGCACGCGCGGGAACGGGUGCUCCUCGCGCGGCAGGGCUUUGGCGACGAGGGCGGCGAGGGCGACGCGUACUGA